UUAACCAUUUGGUUUCUAGUUUCUCUGCAAAAUUUGAUUAGGGCUUCAAUCUUUGAGCUAACCACUCAGCAAAGCUGGAUAUGCACAGAGGCGGCCGCUCUGGCGAUAGCAACAACCAUGACUCUGUCUUCAAUAACUGCAACCCCUAUCUAGCCCCCUCGCGUUUUUCCGACGCCUCUCUUAUGAGCCGCUACAGGACCAAUAACGACGCCGACAGUGAUUCCAACGACAAGUUCGAUACCCAAGAUCCCUAUCUCCACCAUCGACGUAGCCCUAGCAACUUCCGAGGAGGGCAUCAUCCGUUCGAUAGCCCUCCUCUUCAGCCUCACAACAGCAGUGGUGUCGGAGGAGGUGGAGGUUUUCGCCCAAUUGGUGGUGGCUCAGGAGGCGGAGGCGGAGUGUUUCGGCCUGUGGCUGGUGGUUUCGAUGGUAAUUAUCAACAACCUGCACCGCAUCCUGUGCAGCAAAGUUACACGGGACAGAAACGCCCUUUUCCCUUCUCUGGUCGUGGAGGUGAACUUCCCAACAAAGAUCGAUUUGGUAUUGUUGGCAGUGGUGGAAACUUUGCCAAACUUUUUGUGGGAUCUGUACCAAAGACUGCCAGAGAAGAGGAUAUUCAACAUGUAUUUCAACAACAUGGAGAUGUGAUAGAGGUUGCUUUAAUAAAAGAUAAGAAAACAAGCCAACCUCAAGGAUGUUGUUUUAUAAAAUAUGCAACCUUAGAAGAAGCUGAUAGGGCUAUUAGAGCCUUACACAAUCAACAUGUUCUGCCUGGGGGAGUGGGUCCUAUCCAAGUCAGAUAUGCUGAUGGGGAACGAGAACGCCUUGGUGCAGUUGAGUUCAAAUUGUUUGUUGGAUCGCUGAACAAACAAGCUACUGAAAUGGAUGUGCAGGAAAUUUUUUCUCAAUUUGGUCGAGUUGAAGAUGUUUACCUCAUGCGUGAUGAAUUAAAGCAGAGUCGUGGCUGCGGGUUUGUUAAAUACUCCGACAGAGAAACAGCUUUAGCAGCUAUAGAUGCUCUCAAUGGAAUUUAUACAAUGAGAGGUUGUGAUCAACCAUUAACUGUCCGUUUUGCGGAUCCUAAGAGGCCUCGGCAAGGAUCUGGAGACCCAAGGGGUGGUGCUGCUGCAUUUGGAGGUCCAGGUUUGGGUCCUCGUUUCCAAGCACCAAGGCCUAGAGCAGCAACCAACAUUGGAGACGCCACGGGGGAUCGUGUUCCACCUACUGAUUGGCACCCUAUGAGUCCACAGAAUAUGGGACCAACUCCUAAUCCUGGAAUUCGGAGUAUGGGGAACCAGAUGUUACCUAGGUCUGCUGACCUAGCAAUAUCUUUAAAUCCAGUAAGAACAAUAUUUGCAUGGCACAUAGUUGGAUAUAAUCAACCUUCAUCACAAGUUCCAACCGUUGGUAAUCAGAUUUCACCUUCAAAGAAGACCCUUGAAUCACCUCAGAAUCUACCUCCUUCCUUUCAUCUGCACCCCUCAGCACCUGUAUCAUACUCGCAGAUACAAACUGCGCAUGUUGGUCAACUUCAAGUUCCCCAUACUGCUAGUCAUACUUCAUUUGGUCAGGCACAUCCCUCACAACAUUUAGCUGGUUUGAGCAACCAGUUGCCUGCUCCUCGGCCACAGGUUCAGCAGAAUGCUUCGUCUGCUGAAGCCCUACCACCCAGUUCUGUGGCCAUUGCUGCAAAUCAACAACAGAUACAUGUUCCUACCCAGCAGCAACUGCUUCAACCACUUCAGCAAUCCCCUUCUCAGCUAGCGCAGAUGCUGUCUCAGCAAACACAAACUCUGCAAGCAAGUUUUCAAUCAUCUCAGCAGGCAUUUUCUCAGCUGCAACAACAAUUGCAGUUGAUGCAGCCUUCAAAUCAAAGUAUGACAUUGCAGCAGAAUUCACAGGCUCCUAAACAGCAGUGGGCUGGGAUGACACCACAGACUGUCGGCAGCAGUCCUGCUAGUACUCUCAGUAAAGAUGUUUCUUCAUCUGCAUCUGCUGCUACUGCACCUGUUAGGGCACCAGCAGUAGCAUCUGUUGAAUGUCAUUGGACUGAGCAUACGUCACCUGACGGAUUCAAAUACUAUCAUAACAGUCUAACACGUGAAAGCAAGUGGGAGAAGCCUGAAGAAUUAACUUUGUUUGAACAACAGCAGCAACAACAGAAAUAUCUGGGUCAACAACCUCAGUUACACCCUGCUCAACAACCUUCACAACAGACCCAGCUUCAAACACAGAUUCGCCAUCAUCCACAGUUACAGCAGCAUAUGUGUCCUGCAUCGUAUUCACUUUCUGGAGUUAGAAAUCAACAAAAUACACAGGAACUUGGAUAUGGACAAUUACCGGUGGCACCAUCACCCAAUGAUGCAUCACGCUUUCAACAGGGGCUUCAGAUGGUGCAGGAUUUAUCAUGGAAGAAUAAACCAUAAGGUUUUAAUUUUAAUUGCUUUUUGGUUAACAUUUUCCCUUCUGCUUGUUCAUCUAGAA